UCAAGUUUAUUUCUGUUUUUUUUGGAGUGUGAUGACCAGUGUAGGAUGUACUUUAUACUGUACAUCAUACUAAAGUCCAAACUGUACUCUAAAAAACGACGUGCGUCUAUCCGUUGUUUGGGUGAAGAGCUACGUUUGAAAACAUUAAUUGCAUUGGGAAGUAAACAAGCUAGAAAGUAGCCAUAAUGGUUAUGGUUCUGGAUGUGCACUAGUCAAAAUUCAUAUACCGGCAGUUAGUCAUUGUUGAGCAGUCCAUUUUAUCACACGUCUUAAAAAGUAUGCACAUUUUGCCAGUGAGAGAUUCAAAACACGUUUUAUUUUUUUCUUAGUUAGUUUAAAGUAUUACAGUGAAGGUUAGUAAUCAAUGCAAACAUGAUGAAAGCAUCACGACUGUUCAGACAAAUCAAACACUAUGCUUAUCGCAAGGUAAAGUACUUCCAGAGAAUUCUUCUCCUAAUUUGUAAUAUUCCAGUCAGUGGAUCGUCUGAACCCAUUACCUAAAUCAUUAAGAAAACUUUUAUUUGUCUCUCUACAGGUUCGGCAUGUUACGUUUGGACAAUGUAUUCUCAAAUUUUUGUUCCUGUUUUCAUGCAUGAUCAUCACUGUAGUGGUCAUCCUCCACAAGGACCAGAGUCUAGCUAAUUUGAAUGCUGCUCUGUACUAUCGUUACGCCAGCGAAGAGCCAUUCUUCAACGGUCGACCUCGGAAUGUGGAUCGCAUUCGGAUCGACUGGCAUGACUAUGCACAUAUCGAGUACGAAUCUAAACGGGAAGGCCCCGGCGAGCAUGGGAAGCCUCUCAAGCUAGAGAAAUUGGAAGACAUCAAGCUGAAUGAGAAACUGUUAAAAGAAAAUGGAUAUUCGGCGGUUGUUAGUGAUAUGAUUGCAUUGAAUCGCUCAGUCCCAGACGCCAGACAUGUACAGUGUCGCAAAAAACGCUAUCUGCAAGAACUGCCAACGGUCAGCGUGAUUGUUAUUUUCUACAACGAACACUGGAGCACGUUGCUGCGUACGGUUCAUAGUAUACUAAAUCGCUCGCCAUCAAAACUACUGAAAGAAAUUGUUUUGGUGAACGACCAUAGUACAAAGGAGUUUUUGUGGGAACCCCUGCAGGAUUAUGUGCGUAGCAAAUUGCCAUCAAAGGUAAAACUUUUCAAUUUACCGGUGCGUUCCGGAUUGAUUGCGGCACGUUUGGCCGGGGCCAAGGCCGCCACUGGAGAUGUUCUGAUCGUGCUUGACUCACAUACAGAGGUCAACGUGAACUGGCUACCUCCUCUUAUCGAACCUAUUGCUGAGAAUUACCGUACUUGCGUUUGUCCGUAUAUCGACGGUAUAGCUCAUGAUACAUUUGAGUACAAACCCCAGAGCGAAGGACGACGGGGUGCAUUUGAUUGGAAGUUCUUGUACAAGCGAUUGCCUUUGAGACCGCAAGAUCAAACGGAUCCAACAGAGCCGUUCGAUAGUCCCAUCAUGGCGGGAGGACUGUUUGCCAUUAGUGCCAAGUUCUUCUGGGAGCUUGGAGGAUAUGACGAGGAGCUGGACAUUUGGGGUGGUGAGCAGUACGAAUUGAGUUUCAAGAUUUGGCAAUGUGGGGGAAGAAUGGUGGAUGCACCUUGCUCUCAUGUCGGACACGUGUAUAGAGGACUCGCACCGUUUCCAAAUCCAAGAGGAACCAAUUUCGUUACCAGGAACUUCAAAAGAGUUGCUGAAGUGUGGAUGGACGAGUACAAACAGUUCCUGUUUGAAAGAAACCCUGAGUAUGACAAAACCGAUGCGGGAGAUCUGACGAAACAGAAGGCUUUGCGAGAGAGGUUACAGUGCAAACCGUUCAAGUGGUUUCUGGACGAGGUUGCUCCAGAUUUGCUUCUAAAAUACCCCUUACGGGAUCCGAAGCCGUUUGCAUCGGGACGAGUUCAAAGUUUGGCCAAUCCUAUAUUGUGCCUGGAUUCUUUGAACCACAAUGAAAAGGAACCGAUUGGCGUAUUCAGCUGUGCUGCGAAUAAGACUCAUCCUCAGAGCAACCAAUUUUUCACGUUGUCCUAUUUCCGGGACAUCAGAGUUGCCAGUGUGGACAAGUGCUUGGACGCCGCGAGUGAGGGUUCUGAGGUACGCUUAUUCAACUGCCAUGAAAUUCAGGGUAAUCAACUAUGGCAAUACGAUAUGAAAAAUCAGAUGAUUCGGCAUGGUAUGCCAAGCUGGAAUCAGUGCCUAGAUCUCGUGAAGCAAAAGAUAACAAUAUCGAAAUGUGAUCCCGGCAAAAAGACACAACACUGGGCUUGGGGUUUCGUAAAUGAAACCAAUUUGAAUAAUUGGGAAACCUACGGAGCAGACCUUUUGCCUUAGCAGACGUGUUCCACACGGUGUAGACAACUGUGAUUAUUGUGUGGUACUAAACUUUGAAUUAAUGAAUA